AUGGACUUUCCGAAUAAGUGGCGUAAAUGGGUCAUGAAUAUUAUAAAGACUGCGCGGGCAUUAGUACUAGUAAAUGGGUCACCCACUCAAGAAUUUCCAUGCUUUAGGGGAUUGAAACAAGGCGAUCCCUUAUCUCCGUUCCUUUCUGUUUUGGCUAUGGAGGCAUUGACCAGAAUAGUGAAGGAGGCAUGUUCGAUUGGUCGUUACAAAGGUGUGCGACUUGGCGCGAAUGGUCCAUUAUUAUCACAUUUCCUCUUUGUGGAUGAUGUGAUUUUCAUGGAUGAGUGGUUCGCUGACAACGUUCUUAACUUGAAUAGGCUUCUCCGAUGCUUCUAUUUAUCCUCCGGCCUUUGGGUAAAUUUUUCAAAGAGUAACUUGUACGGUGUGGGCAUCGAUGUUAAUAGAGUACAAUCUUUGGCGUCUAUACUUAGGUGCAAAGCGGGCUCAUUCCCGUUUAAAUACCAAUAA